UGCAGAAUGACUGAUGCGAUUCUUUUCCAAUUGUUUGUACCAAUGUCGUGAAGAUUUAUUCAAAAAUUGCUUCAAAAAAUUCUCAGGUCUUCAUCUUUUGUACUCUGAUAAAUACCAAUGCUCCAAAAUGAUUUCACCGGUCCUCGAUAGGCUCAUGACAAAACUUAGAUGAUUAUGGAAAUAAUAGGGCAAUAUUACAUGCAUGAUAUUCGAUUACUUGAUGCAUGCGGACAGAUAAUACAGAAAAGGAAUUUCUUCGCCAUCUGUGGUGAUAUGCCAAAACUAUUAGUCAGUUAGUACUGGCUUUCUGGACUAGAUAACGCACUAUGUUAGUUUGGAGCCACAACACAGUAUACAUAUAAUAUAAGCAUGUUCACACAAACGAGGUGUCACAGUAAAUAAUGGGUAGUCUAUUCGAAAGAGAGAGAGAGAGAGAGAUAUAUUUUGCCUGAUCGGAAAAAUUUAUUUCUGAAUUUUCAGCUACAAACUUCGCCUCGAUGAUUCGACGAACACAACACAUAAAUAACAACACAAUUUUGCCUUAAUUGCAUAAAAUCCGCAAUCUAGCAAUGUCUUGUCAACAAUCGUAAGAAACGUUUGUUGAAAAUUUUCGUAUAAAUUAAUUAUUAAUGUAAUGUAAUCGUACAAAACGCAUAUUAUGUCGUAAGAGGGUUUCAUUUAGUAUUAACAACAAUAAAAAAAACACUGAUCAUGCAUAUUUUUAUAUUUUUAAUAUAAAUCCUGAAAUAGGAUCAGAUUUUAGAAUAUGUCCGUAUUUCAGUGUCCUCUUGUAUUAGACCGCGUAAUCGAAACUAACCUCAUUCCAUUCAAAACAAUUCAAAAAGUGUGCAUGAGUGUAUCCGAGUCUUUACGUGUUGUUAUGAACCUUUCUGUAUAAAGAGAUAAAAUUUAAAAGAAAUGAGCGAAUCUUUGAAAAGAAAUUAUGACGAGAAGGAUAUAUGCAAAACCUUGGAGGAUGUAGAAAAUAGAAUUUUUCAGUGGAUAAUAGACAUGCCAUAUUUUGGAUUCCUAAUUACCAAAGAACAUCUGAUAAAUAGCUUGGCAUUACAAAUUAAAAAUUCAAACGUACCCAAUAAAUUUAUUGAUGGACAACCGAAUUGUCAAUGGUUUGAGGGAUUCCUUAAAAAACACCCAAUACUAACACUGUCUAAAACAUUAGUUUCAGAACAUUUUGUUCGAAAAUGGUUUCAGGAUAUUGAAAAUUAUUUAAAAAAAGCAAACCUUUUAAAUAUCGACAGUAGCAGAAUUUAUAAUACAGAUGAUACAUCUUUAACAUUAAAUCCAAAUGGAGGUCAAGUGUUAGCAAGGAGGGGAUUCAAAAAUGUUGAUAACAUUGUUAGUAAUAAUGAAAAACAGAAUAUCACUGUUUUAGUUACCGGCAAUGCUGGAGGCCAGUUGGCUCCAACACUGGUUGUAUUUGAUUAUAAGGAAGUGCCCAAUUCUAUUUAUGAGAAACUCCCUGAAGGAUUUUGUGUCGGCACAUCUGAAGAGGGCUAUAUGACAACAUUUCUUUUUUAUGAUUAUAUUGUCAAUAAAUUUUGGCCAUGGCUAAUUGAAAAUAAAAUUCAAAUGCCAGUCAUAUUAUUCUUAGAUGGUAAUUUUAUGCACUUUACGCAACCCUUGAGUGAAUUUUGCCGUGUACAUCAAAUAGUGCUAAUACCGUUGCCUCCAGACACAACGCAUUUCCUUCGACCAAUGGAUGUCAGUAUGUUUUCAACACUGAAAUCCCAUUGGAAGAAAAAAGUAAAUCAUUAUCGUAUUGAAAGAGAAAAUUUAAGUAUUAGUAAAGAAGAUUUUGCUCCUAUUUUGGGAACAGUUUUCAGAGAACUGAAUCUGAAAGGAAUAUUGUCUCAUGGUUUCAGAACAUGUGGCUUAGAUCCAUUUUCAGUGUAUCCAAUCAAUUUUACAAAAGUUUUUAAUCGAAAAAACACGAGCAACUGUCAACCUGUAAUAAGAAUCUGCAGCCAGUCCUGGCUUCUAGAAACAAUUGAAAAGUAUAUUGGUGAAGCCACUUUACGAACAUUUAAGUGUGAAAAAAGUGAAAAGUGGACAGGACGAAAAGAAGAUACAAGCUUGUUUUAUCUAUGGAGAAGGAUUUGCAAUGAUUGCAGACGAAGCAGAAACAUUACGAUGUCUACGGACAGUGAUAACACUCAUGUGGAAUCAGUUCUGAUACCUGAUGUGUCUAAUAGUCAAUCAGAUCAAGAUGAAUGUAUAAUAGGACUAUAAUAUAAGAUCAUAAAACAUGCCGUAAUACGAACGAGGUGUACAGAAUACUCGAUUCUCGCUGAGAAGCUUAAGUUUCUGAAAUAUUGGUAACGGUGUUCACACAAAUUUUUGGGUGACACAAUGAUACAUUGGGUGUCAAAUGUAUAAAGACGUUGGGUAGCUCGUCUAUGAUAAUACAUUGGCGGACAAGUCUACUUCCAUACCUCGUUUACAAUUAAACUACUCCGAGUUUUCGGUACUGGUUGUAGUUAAAAUAUAUCAAUCUAUGCAUCACCGAUGAAAAGGACCAUUAUCUCAUUGUUCAACGUGAACAUUACACACCGUACACUGAGAUGCGAAGACGACGAUGGUUGAAAUGCUAGAUCAAACGUUUGUUAUCGGCUGUAGAUAAAACUGAUCGAUCCACGGAUCAUAGGCAGUCGGAAAUCGAUCGUUAAACGUUCGCACCGGGCACCGCGAAUUUUAACGCAAUGUCGACGAAAGCGCUUUCGACGAUCCGUAUCCUUGUUCCCUAGUUGAAAAUCAAUAAACGAUUACCGUCGCACCGUAACCACCGCGGCACAUCGAGUGUUGGCUCGUCGUCUCGUCGCAGUUAUCUAUUUCACCUAAACCGAUUUUUCCGUUGUUUGUGGGUGGUCUGCUCGCGGAACGACUGGCACAAUUAACCGGCCAGCCCAUUGAACUGUAAUGAAACCGAUAUCCUAUCUGCUAGCAGAACGAGAAAAUAACACGUUGCUGCGUUUAAACACGCCUCCCGUUUGUUCGAUAAUUCGAUCGCGACUGGCCCGAUGAGUCCGCGAAAACUGCGUCGGUUAAUCGAGUUUCCCCGCGAAACUCGUUUUCCACCGGAGGCGUUUUUCACUGUCUUCGCCCUCCACCCUGCCCUGCCGAAUAUGCAUCGGAAAGAUCGAAGUUUCACCGAAAAUUAAGGCGCAGUUACCUCGCUGUUGAAAUCGAGUUAUACUCGUAGACAGUGUUCUAAUUAGCCGGGAUGAGAUAAUUGCCUUCAGCGAUGCUGCACGGAGAAAGAGAGACCUUGCAGGAUCCGGUUGUGCAUUCUUCGCGCGAUCGCUUCGUCGUUCGAUUUUCUUCAUUCGAAAAUGAAAGCUGCUGGAUCAUCGCGGGAAUCCAGUUCUUUCGUCGCAGCCGUUACAUUCUUCGACGACGUGUUCUCCCACUGCUACGGCGUUACGAGUCGAAUUUAUGCGUGUAAAAAAACUCGCGUCACGCAAUAGUUUCAAAUUAACGACUCCUCCAAUGCAUAAUUUGCUCGUUUCUGUUUUUUCUUUUCGUUCAUGUAUAUCAUCUAUUUCUAAGGUUCUGUUCGGUCUCGAAAAGUAUGCUCGACGGACAUUACCUUUAUCUUCCAAUUGCUAUGAUUCAUUACGUGAAUCUUUAUUUGUACACACUAUUUCUGUCUUUUCGUUUGGAAUUCAUAUUCGCUUCAUUCGCGUGCAGCACAAAAUUCGAAGCGUUCGGUACUGUUUGAGUAAAAAACAGCCGACUUUCGAUCAUAUGAGUCACACGACGGUAUCGACGGCGCAGAAUCGCGAUCCGAAUGAUUAUGUAUGUACUCUCGAUAAAUUACAACGAGCAAAUAAUAGCCGUGAGGCAGUCUCGUGCUCGAAAGGAGUGUCCGAUCUGUUUUUUUUUACACUUGUUCGUCGCGUUCGAUGUACCGGGACACGAUGUAAUUACGUUGAACGAAGAAGAAGAGGUCGCGUACGGAAGCGUACCGUCAAGGAAAUCGACUGCGGAAUUACUUCUCGCCGAGAGAUAUGGUACGCGCGGCGAAUAGACAACGCCGGAGUCUCGUUUCGUGAGCUGGAUGAAUAAUUAUAUUCAUGAUCAGGUCCGCUUCUUUUUUUCUGCCGGCGCGUUUCCAAGAACGGUUCGUCAGACCCUGAUUCCUAUGUACACCAACUGAACUCGGAGAUCGCAGUCGCAGUCGCAGCAUCCGUCGUCGUCUGAAUUUCGUCGUGCAACUCUCCUGGCGCUGCGUUUAAAUUGGCUCCGUCCGAGAGCUCGCGAACUCCGACGCAUUUUUAAUUCGGCUCUGGAUCGGUCCGCAAUCAUUCGAUUAACUUGUUGAUUCUUCAGCCGAAUAAACGGCGGCCUGCAAUUAAAUUUCUGUCCGGCAGAUCAUCGUCGGUCAUUUAUUUCUCCAACGAUGAAAAACCGCGGCGAUACGCAGUGCCGGAUCACGAAACAACUUGAACAAGCUGUGAAAGCGAAUUAUCGACGACCGCGAAUCCGCGGGGACGCACAUUCUUCGGCCGAUUUGUCGAAUUGUCUCCCCUGUUCGUUCGAUUGCAAAUUGACGACGAAACAUUGAUCAGCCUGCUGGCACAAAAAUGCAAUUUCGCGAGUGUUUAAAACGCAAGUUGUUUAAAGCAGCAGUGGUGGAAGUCAAUUUUUUGCUAGGUUCAUCUCACGUUAUUAAGUCAUAUUUGGUUUAAUAUCUUGUUCGAUUUUGAUUUUAUUCGAUUUUAAGUUAAAACUCGAAAGUAACUUACAUCAAACAGAUGCAACAAUUUCAUAUCUUAUUGCAUCUUAUUAUUAUUAAAUUAGCUUUAUUGACGUACACCAUUUCCGCUUUCGCAAGUUGCGUAUUCUUCGAACUCUACUGCGUCGAUUCAAAUCUGUUUACGUAAAAUAGUUCAGUUACAGAAGCAGCAAACUUAUUUGUACAUUCCGGUUUUCUACGCAAGAGUCUUCUGAUCAUUAACGCUGAGUGCACAGAGUAUUGAAAGCAACUGUUUUUUAUAUAACUUCGUAAAACUAAUUAUAAUCGCUUCAUUCGAAUUUUUAGCGAGUUUUAUUGUAAUAUUUGUUCGAAGUAACGAAUUUAUUGAAUAAAUAACUCAUAUAUGUAUAUGAA